AUGACGUGCACGUUCGCGCUGGAGUCGCGCACCAUGACGCUGCAAGACGGCAGCAUGCGGACGUUCCGGAUCCGCGUCGCCCGGCACCACUGCGAGAACAGGCUGCUGUGCCGGCUGACGGCCGGGUAUGAGGCUAGAGGGGCCUUCACGCAGCCGUGGCUCCGCCGGCAAGACCAAGAGGAUCUCGAGUGGAUGGUUGCGAGUCCGUGGCGGCGGCGGCGGCGGCGCGACGCGCAGGCUGGUGGCACGCGGCCCGCGCUUAUUACCUCAGACGCCGCCGCUACCGAUGGAACAGCGCUGAGGACUGUGGCCCUGGCAUUGGGGACGGCAGCUGCUGCCCCAAGUCAGCUGCCCGAGCCACACGUGCACACGGCUAGCGGCAGUGCUGCAACCGCCGCAGAGGACAGCGAUGCCGGUGGCAGCCUCGGCCCUCCAAACACCGGCAACAACAACAUCGCGGCUAUUCCUCUGGCGAAAGAUAGCAACGGGAUCAUCGACAGUCAAGGGACAAAUCGGUGGAUGAGCGGACGGGAGGACGUCCCAGAGGAGCCACAGCUAGGGCUCUAA